UCGAUCAGUUUUCGACGCAUCGCUGCCCACUGCUGCAUACGUCAGGGAGACUGGAGAGUCAAUUUUGCGCACUAAAAAAAAAAGUUGUGUUGCGUCCGUGCGGACUCACGGGCGGCCAAGCCCCCGCCCACUCUUUUGUUCUUGGGAUUUCUUUAUAUAUAAUCCUCCAAAUCCCAAUAUAAUGCGAAUGCCACUUUCAAAUCCUUACCCCUCACCCUAAUCUACAACAAGACCAACCAAUGGCUUUCGAUCUCAGCGCCAAGGACAAGAGGAGGGGCGUGGAGCAGAAGGUGCUGGUAUGCUGCAAAUACUACGUCUCAGAAUCGCGAAAUCGCUCAGUUCUGGAGGCAAUCGAGAGAGCCGCGAGCGUAGUAGACCCAGAGUCGGUAAUCAUGAAGAAAUUCGGAGACAGGGCUUACAACAGGACAAGAUACAGCAUCGUCUCCUACGUCCUCCACGACACCACAGGGAAUCCCAUUUACAGCCCAUUGCACCAAACAGUACUCGCCAUGACCCAAGCCGCUUUCUCCAACAUCAAUCUCCAGUUCCAUUCCGGCGCCCACCCUCGGCUCGGGGUCGUAGACGACAUCAUUUUCCAUCCCCUGGCUCGGGCCUCCCUCCACGAAGCCGCUUGGCUCGCCAAGGCACUCGCUGCCGACAUUGCCACUACGUUUCAAGUGCCUGUAUAUCUGUACUCUGCAGCUCACCCAAGGGGGAAGGCCCUGGACGAUUUGAGACGGGAGCUUGGGUAUUUCCGGCCCAACUACAACGGGAACCAAUGGGCGGGGUGGUCGAUGACGGAAACGUUGCCGGAGAAGCCGGAUGAAGGGCCGAACACUGUGUCUCCAGCGCGAGGAAUCACGAUGAUUGGUGCACGUCCGUGGACGGCGACGUACAACAUUCCGAUAUUGUCCAAGGACGUGGCAACGGCUCGGAGAAUAGCGCGGAUGGUGAGUGCCCGAGGAGGUGGCCUGCCCGCGGUCCAGACCAUAGCUCUUCUUCACGAUGAUGAUACGACGGAGAUAGCUUGCUAUUUGCUGGACCCCAACAAUGUCGGAGCCGAUCGGGUCCAGAGACGAGUGCAGAUGCUCGCCGCCCAAUUUGGAUUGGAAGUUGAAAAUGGCUACUUCACUGAUGACUCGCCGGAGAUGAUUACCGAGAAAUAUUUCAAUUUAAUUUCCGGUACUAAGAAUCAACUGGUGGACGUGGACCACCAAUGAUUUCUAAAAUUUCUGUAUCCAUUAAGGUUUCCUAAUAAAACAGGUACAGAAUGUGCCGUACAAUUUACGAAUGUCGAACCCAACAAAUAAGAAAGCCCUACAAUUUUACUCGCAUUA